UCCUCAUUCUGAUACCGGACAUCUGCAUCUGCAACCCCGCUGCGUGACGAGAAGGCGCUCCAAAUUCCCACAGCUAACCAUUCACGACACAAUAUAUGCGUGUUUUGAGUCGGACGAGGACAUUUCUAUUGUCAAAAAACAACUUUUCGUUCGCCUGCACGAGUUGACAUCAGCAAUACAACUAUUAAGUAUCAUCGCCGCCCGUCGGAUUUCAAAGUCAGCGAUGGACGAACAGUCUGCGCUGAUCCGAGUGGAGAGAACUUUUUGGAAUGUUUGGAACUACAUCAGCGGAGCGGUGACGAGGCUCCUGCGGGCAGAACCUGCUGUCAACAACCCAGGCAAUGCCGAGCGGACAGGGGGUCCGACGGUGGGCUUUGAAAGAGCACAGAGAGACCCCAGCCAGAGAGAUGAUAAGGCGGAGGAGGAGGAGAAAAAUGAGGAGGAGGAGAAAAAGGAGGAGGAGGAACAAGCCGAUCUGAACACCGCCUCUUUGCCCCACUGUCCUCAGCCUCCUCUCACCCUACCAUCCCUUACUGACGGACUCCUCCGAGGCCCAGGAGGGACGAGGGAGGUUCAGUGCACGGCAGUGUCCACCAGAGGGAGUGGUAUCGACGGUCAAACAGAACAGGAAGAUACUGAUGGCGUGCAAUGGUUCAAUCAGACAGAGCGAGAAAGAACAGAAAAAGGCUACAUCAAAUUUUCUGCAGCAACGCAACAGAUUGACCAAGAAAAUUAUGAAAAGCUUCUUGAAGGCAGGUCCAGGGCAGAAGAGUCUAAGAACCAUCAAAAACAACAGCAACAACAAGACACUGAGACCUCAAACUACCCUGAUGAAGAAAAUGACAACCACCACUCAGGUCUUGUUGAGGAGGUUGGAAAGGCACUGGCUGCUGAUAGACCAGAAGAAGAAGCUGGCCAGUAUUGCAAGGUCACUGAAGUGGAGGAGGGGGAGGAGGAGGAGAAGGAGGAGGAGGAGGAGGACGAGGAGGAGGAAGAGGAGGUGGCAGCGGCAAGGGUCUCUCUCUCCAGUGACGAAGAACCAGAUUUAAAUGAACCAAACAAUGUUUCAGGGUCAGAGACGGAAGGCCAUGACAUCGUCAGAGAGGAGAACCUCCCCUUUGUAAAUAAGGAAAACUUAUCUACAGAAGGAGGAGAUACACAAAAUAAAAAUUCACCAAACCUAGAGAACACUGAUGGUGGAUCAGCAGAGCCUUGUGCCAGCACUCUCACAGUUAAUCAAAGUGAAAACAAUUUGAAGUCUAUUGAGGCAGUCUGGGAACAGGACUUAACUGGAAUAGUUUCAGAUGAGGAUGACAAGGUAGUUCAGGAAAUUAAAAUUUCUGAUUUCUUAACUCCAUUUGUUGACACACCAGAAGCCAACCUGAGCAGCCCAUUGUCCAACGAUGGCAAUGCUGUUGUUGGACAAGAACAUUUGGAAGUGGAGUCAAAGCAGAGAUCUGGGGUGGGCCAAUUUGAGAUGAAGGAACAGAGCAGUUUCCUCAUCCAGGGGAGUAAUGAUCUUUAUAGAAAGGGAAGUAAUGUAAUAGGCCCAGUAGGAAACCAGAUAGUGGUUGGAACCAAAGAGGAAAUUACAAAGGAGGGAGUCACUGCAUAUGUGGAAGAAAAAACUGCAGUCAAAAACGACGCUGAUGCCCAAAACGAUGAGUCACAGCCCCAGGAAGAGGUGAACCAAAGAGGAGAGGAAGAAGGGGGAGCCGAAGUGAUUUCAUUAAUACAUAAAGCGGCCCAAGACAAGGAACUGAGUUACAGUUUGAAAACGGAGGCAGUGACUGAAUUCAACAGUCCUGAACCCUUGCUUGGUUUUGGUGAUGCCGUGAAACAUGAUACCAAAGACUCUCCGAGUGCCUCCAGCGAUGAGGAUGGGGAUGAUGGGGAAGGAGGGGUCAGUACUCAGUGGCCGGUAGGAAUUGAUUCCCCAGGCGUGGCCUUACUGGUGAAAACGGAAAGCAACAAUGAACAGGAAAUGAGUGCAGCGCUCCCAGACAUUUUCCCAGGGACCUCUCCAGGAUCAGGUGCUGGGCUUCGUGGUCUGAGCUGUAUUCCAUUUGAGGAAACAAGACUUCUAAUUCCAGAAGUAUACAAUGGAGACUUUGCUGCUGCCACCGAAAAUACAGAGGAAAUAGCCCUGAUGGGAAGGGAUUCUGACGAAAGGUGGGUAGCUUCCCAGUUACCGAACUUAUCUGAAGGUUUUAAAUACGUAGCUGGGGUAGGGGAGGUAGACCACAUUCAACGGGAGGACCAUGACACGACUUUGAAGAGCGGGGAAAGAGAAGAUACGGUGGCCGGCCAGGAUAUGGUUGAUGGAUGGAGUGUUGAUCCAGAGAGCCUUGGAGACAGGGAUGGCCCUCGGGGAGUUGAACAGCAGAUGAGUGGUAGAGCAGUAGGAUCCACAGGAGAGGAAGGGAGGACAGGGGACGGACUGUCGGAUGAGGACUGCUCCAGGCAUGAGGCUCACAAGACCGAUGUAGAAGACUUUAAGACUGAGGAACCAUUGUUUGAGUUCAAAUUAGACGGGGAGAGGAGUGAAUCCACAGGAGCUGCAUCUAAAGAGGCAGUAGCGUUGGAUAACAUAGCCUUAUGGAGUGUUUGGUAUGAUGAGGUCAACACACAGGAUGACCGCCAGUUUUGUGAGGAAAUAUUAAUUCUGCCACACAAUGUGAUACAGAAGACAACAGAGCCGUGUGAAGGUGAAUCCACAGCCGCCACGAUGACUGAAGAAAACAAAGGGCGUACUCCAAGCCAAUCAGAGGACUAUAUUGAACCUGAAUCCAUCCAUCAGCCAAUUGACAACCAAGUUCGAUCCUUUGAUGAUGGACAGACAAAAACAGAGGACAUUGUUAAAGACAUUUCAGAUGAAGAGACGGGAAUCGCUGGGCUUGAGGAGACCACAGAAUCGAAACAGCAAAGAAAAGCUGGAGAAUCCGAUCUGUCAGUAGUUGAGACCGUAGGACCAGGAUCUCUUACUGAUAUAUCCUCUGACCUUUUGAUGGACAUAAGACAGGACCUGCCAGCUGAACUACAGGAGUCCACCUCCGGAGUUACAGAACCGCAAACCCGGACUUCAGCAAAGAAAAUUGAAGAACGUGUGGAAGUUGUUUCAGCUGUAAAAGCUGCUGAGGAUGAGCAAGCCUUGACUUUUGGGCAGGCGACGGGGACGGACGAGGAGAUUCUAGGAAUGGGGGUCCUCCACAAAGACACAGACCACACCCUUUCUGUCCCAACAAAGACAGAGAAACAAGCAGUAUUACAGACCGAGAUCAGGACUCCCUCCUCCUCCUCCUCCUCCUCAGACGACGAUGAUGAGGAUGAUGAUGAAGCAGCUUAUCAGACGCAUGAGACUACCAACCAUCCAACUAACUUUGAGGAGCAGAUCCAAGACCAAGCUGAGAUGAAGGAGAUGUCUACCCAGAUUGAAGGGGAAGAAGACGAGGAACUGCCACUGGACUCAUAUUCUUACCAAUAUGGAUUGGCGGGGACUUUGGGAAAAUCAGAUAUUUUGGAAGCACAGGAUGGUGAGGAUUCAGAAAAUAUCUCAGGAAGAGAAAGUAUGCCAGACUGUGAGGUUUUAAGCACUAAACCAGAGGGAAUACGAUUGCCUGAGAUGUUGAUGACAGUGCACCUUGAUGCUCCAGAUGUAUCGCCACCCUCAUUCAUUGAGGGGAGGACACCUUCACAAGAAAAGGAACCACAACACCACCACCUGCCGCCUUCUGGAAAGCUCUCUGAUGAUGAAGCUGUCUCAUCUCAGGCAGAACAUGAUGAAUCAUUGGAAGAAACGCAAAUGAAUGAAGAAGCAGCUAUCAAAAUGGAGGCCAUCAACAUAUAUCCUGAGGUUUCAGCAUUUGCCAUGAGUUAUGAUGGGGCAACAGAGGAUGGAAGUUAUGAAACACCAGUGAUACCGGUUCCUAUCCCCAACAGUGUGGAUGAAGACUCUGGUGUAGAGGAUACGUCUCGCCUGCUGCCUGACGUGAAGCUGUCCGACGCCAGCUCACCUCCUGAGGUAGACUCUGUCGUGCUGAGGGAAAAAAAGGGGUUUGGCGAAAGCAGACAAGGUCCAUGUUUGGACUCCAAACAUCCAUCGUACAAGAUUUUGUUAAAGAACCAAGCCCGGUCUAGAAGAUCAGAAUUCAUAGCUCCACCCGCUCUUGACCUGAGCGCAGAAGAGAGAGCCAGACAGCGACACAGUCUACCUCCAGGAACAUUUGGAGAGGAGUUUGAGCUGGACGUUAAUGUUUUGGACCUUACCGUCCAGAAGUAUCGCAUCCUGGUGAAGAACCCCAGCACGAGGCGUCCCACCGACCCCAGGGCCCUACUGCAGAUGCCUUCUCUGGAGGCCGCCCCCUCAAACCGCUCCAACACCCAGCAAGCCCUGCCUCUGGCAGGCAGGCCAAUGGGAGGCAUCGGGGUUGGGAUAAAGCUUCCUGGUUUCGGAGGUGGCUUCCCAGCUCUGAAGAAAACCCAGAGGGUGGUGAAGGGAGGAGAUGAAGUCGUCCCUGAGCAGCAAUUUGAACCGCAAGAAGGACAGACAAUAUCUCCAAAACCAACCGUCGCUGAGCGUAAACCAAGAUGGACGCCCCCAAAGCAACCUGGAUUUGGGAACCCUCUUAUAUCAGAGCUCAAGAGCAAACUGAAGAAAACCAGCGAAGAGUGAGGAGAGGACGAGAGGUUCUAUUGGCAGCCGGUUCCAGAGGAGGUGUUAUUCAUGUUCUUGCGGUUCCAGAUGUUCCCAGGUGGAAGAUGUCGUGUCCACAAUAUCCUGUUACUGCCAGCUCUGGAGCUCAGGGGAAUGAGGUUCCUUGCAUCAGAGCUCUUUAGUAUAUAUGCUGUUAAGAUUCUUUUUUUCUGGUUAAGGAAAUGCAACCAUUGAGCUUUUGGCACCUUGCCUGCUUCUCGUGUUUCACCGAUCAUGUAAAUAGAUUCCUGCGUUAAAAAAAAAUCUAUAUUUUUUAUGUGUAAUCCAUGAUAAACAGUGCAACUGCCUGCAAA